AUGGUCAGAGCAUUGAAAUAUCAUGAAAAGAAGUUAUUAAAAAAGGUUGAUUUCCUUGAUUGGAAACAAGAUCAAGGACAUCGAGAUACUCAAGUAAUGAGAACCUAUCAUAUUCAAAAUCGAGAAGAUUAUCAUAAAUAUAAUAGAAUAUGUGGUGAAAUACGUAAACUAGCCCAUAAAUUAUCAUUAUUACAACCAACUGAUCCAUUCAGAAUAAAGCAUGAACAAUUACUUUUAGAGAAAUUGUAUAAUAUGGGAAUAUUGGCUACAAAGGCCAAAAUAUCGGAUUUGGAAAAUAAAGUUACCGUGAGUGCAUUUUGUAGAAGAAGGAUUGGGGUGGUUAUGUGUCGUCUUAAGAUGGCUGAAACUAUGUCUGAUGCCGUUACGUUUGUUGAACAAGGACAUGUUAGGGUUGGUCCUAAUGUGAUUACUGAUCCUGCAUAUUUGGUGACGAGAAAUUUGGAGGAUUAUUUGACUUGGGUUGAUACUUCGAAGAUUAAGAGAAAUGUUCUUAAGUAUAAGAAUAAGAUUGAUGACUUUGAUUUAGCAUAG